GCAUUUAAUAUCACAGCAAAACUAAACAUGUCUUAAUUUCCAUGAUUUGUUAUGCUGAUUUACUUUUCUAAAUGGAAUGAAUUUUUCUUACACUCUUUAAAACAAUAUUGUCAUCCAAAAGGUUGAAAAAAGUUUGUUUUUUAAAUUGCAGUUUUGCCUGGUUUUAAAAUGGGAAAUAUACGUUUUUUGGUCAUAAAAAUGUCAUUAUUACAGAUAUUUAAAGAAAUCAGAAAGAUCUACUAUCCUCGGAGAAAUACACAGAUUUAAUCUUGAUCUUAAAAAAUAAAGCCACAAUUCACGAAAAAAAACCUGUUACUGAUAGCGUGGAUCGUACAAUCAUACAAUGUGUAAAAUUUGUUAAAGCAUCAUUUGCACAAUUAUAAACAUACUCUCAACCAGUACAUAAAAACGUUUCACCUUUAUUUAUUUCAGACUCUCGUGCGUGUUAAAAAAGAGGAAACAUCGUUAACAACAACAGCCACAGUAUCAUUUCUCAAUAUAGGUGGGAAAAUUUUCAUUGUAUGCACGUGCAUUUUAUUCCACUUCACCCGUAUUCGCAGUAAUGUACAUGUGUUUCGCUGUAAUUCAUAAUAUGUUCUGUCACAUUGUAAGGGUUAUACAUCGAUGGCUCUCCAACCCCUAUGAUACCAGUUAAGGAGAUGAUAAACGGGGUUACCUCCAGGACCACAAACAUAAUUAAAAAGCAUGAAAUUGGUCAGUUUGCAUACCAUGAAAUCGUUAAAAUUGGUGGUCAUGUAAUUUCAUAGUUUGAGUAAAAAUUAGUAAUUCGAGGGCAUGUGCAUUUAUGAAUUAAAACUUUUAACAAAACGUGAGUGAGAGUUGAACUUGUUCGUUUGGAUUUAAUUUUGUAUAUUGACUCAGCCGCGGAAUCCACGAAAACUAGUUCCAAACAAAUAUCAAUGAUUUCACAAGUAUUUUGCGACUAAUACUGGUAGUUAUGCUUGCUUGAAAAUCAUAAAACAAGAUGAGCUGAAAUAAAAGUUGAAUAAUGAACACAUUUUAAAUGGUAUUUCGUUAUCGUCAUGUGUGAAUGCACCCGCUUUAAAAGGUUGUUGCGCGCAAACGCGCGUGCUUUUGACAUACGUGAUCUGUUAUUAAAUAUAUAUGUCUUUACUAUCUUAUGGGUGAAUGCAUGUUCCGGUAUUAUAGUGUUUAAAUAUACUGAACUUAAACCGACGAUGUUUGACAUGUGAAAUAAAGAAAUGCAGAUUUGACUUGGAAAGCUAUGCCUAAAUCGAAAGUAUUGUUGGGAAUAUUUGGAAGGCAAAAGUUACAGACCGAGAAAUGUAUGAAUCGGGCUUUGAGUUGCAGUUCCCGCCUACGUACCACGAGCUGGAGUUACACACACGGAACAAGUGAUGUCCCCUUGCGAGGGAUCACUAUUGGUAAACUGUUACAGUCACAGACGGAGAAAACUCCCGACAGAGAAGCCGUCAUAUUUCCGUCGGCAGGUGUCAGGAAGACAUUCUCACAGUUACUUGAAGAGAGUGACCGUUUUGCAGCGGGUCUGUUAGAGCUUGGACUCCAGAAAGGGGAUCGAGUAGGAAUCUGGGGUCCCAACUCGAUAGAAUGGGUCCUCACGCAGUAUGCCACAGCUAGAGCAGGCUUGAUUUUGGUGAAUAUAAACCCUUUAUACCGAAGUUUUGAACUGGAGUACGCUCUACAGCUGGUUGACUGUAAAGCGAUAGUAUGUGCCAAAGAGUACAAGGACCAGCUAUACUAUGAGAUAAUGUUCCAGCUUGUACCGGAACUGGCUUCGUGUAAACCAGGACAACUUCAAAGUCAUAUUUUAUCAGGCUUAAAGUACAUUAUUAUGAUGGGGGAAGAGGAAUUUCCAGGAACCCUAAAGUUUUCUGACGUCAUGAGCGCCGGAAGUGAAGCAAGCGUCCGGCAGAUUGCUGAUCUGCAAGACAGUCUGCAGUUUGAUGAUCCUAUAAAUAUACAGUUUACGUCAGGUACAACUGGAGUUCCAAAAGGAGCAACACUUUCCCACCAUAAUAUUGUCAACAACAGCUAUUUCACUGGAUUGCGACUAGAUUACCAUAACAGGCCAGCUCGGAUUUGUUGCCCUGUGCCUUUGUAUCAUUGUUUUGGGAUGGUUGUGGCGUGUUUGCAGAUAUACAACCAUGGUGCCACUUGUGUAUUCCCGGCUCCGGUAUUUGAUCCCUCUUCUUCUCUAGCAGCUGUUGCCGCGGAAAAGUGUACAGCAUUAUAUGGCGUGCCAACCAUGUUUAUAGAUAUGCUGAACCACUGUGAAUUCCACAAGUUUGAUCUGUCUACACUGUACACCGGUAUAAUGGCAGGAUCGUCAUGUCCUGUUGAAACUAUGAGACAAGUUAUUGCUUAAAUGCACAUGGACGAAGUCACGGUUUGUUACGGCGCCACAGAAAAUAGUCCUACAACGUUCCAGAGCAAACGAAAUGCUCCGAUUGACAAACGUGUGUCAACGGUCGGAACUGUCCAUCCACAUGUAGAGGCCAAAAUUAUUGAUGAAAAUGGGAAAAUAGCAAAAGUUGGUACCGCUGGAGAAUUAUGCACGAGAGGUUACACGACAAUGCUCGGGUACUGGGGGGACGAAGAUAAAACACGAGAAGUCUGUCUACCCGACAGAUGGUAUCUUACAGGGGACAUAGCUGUUAUGGAUGAAAACGGCUUUGUACAGAUAACAGGUCGCAAUAAAGAUAUGAUCAUACGAGGUGGGGAAAACAUUUAUCCGUUAGUGAUAGAGCAAGUCUUGUAUACUCAUCCAAAGAUCAAAGACGUCCAGGUUGUUGGUGUGCCAGACAAACGCCUUGGGGAGCAGGUUUGUGCCUGGGUAGAGUUGAAGGAUGGCGAAAUAGCGACAGAAGAAGAAAUCAGGGCAUUAUGUAAGGAAAAGGUUGCAAGGUUUAAAGUACCAAAAUAUGUUCAGUUUGUCAAAGACUUUCCGCUGACGGUGACGGGGAAGGUAUAGAAAUACAAAAUUAAGGAAGAAGCUAUUAAAUCACUGGGGCUAGAACAUGUACUGCGGUAGAUUAUAUUCAAAUUGAAUGACCAUGUGAGCGACA